CGUGUUCUCCGUCUCCUUUUUGCUACUCUGAUUGGUUCACACUUAGAAAUGACAUUAACCAAGAUGGCGCCGGGAGACAGAGGAAAGUGAUGCCAGAGAGGAACAACAAGCGUCGCAGCUGGCACAACAGUGUGCACAUAUUCUUUCUUUACAGCUGAUUGUAACCAGACUUGUGUGGCGUCUCCGAGCAGCUGACGUCCCGAGGAGCCGAUGAGAUCAAGCUACUCUGUCAACUGUUUGCUAACAAGCGGCUAACAGUGGCUAUCGUUUAGCGCUCUGUAACUGCGGAAGGCGAGUAAGAGCGAAGGCAACAGCCUCAAGUAGAAGUUCGCUUCUUUGAAAAGUAACGUCUCCAUAUCAUACAUUAAACCAGCUUUUUGGGGCUCCGGUGGAGUCAAAGCGGUUGUCAGGGAAGUUACGUCGUUGAUCUGAUAAGGUGAGACGAGGAGAGGAGAGGCGUCAUCUUUGCUUCUUUGACGCCAUGGCUCACUCCCCUCUUCAGAGUGGACUGCCGGGGGUUCAGAAUUUCAACGCCGACCCAGAGGAACUUUUUACCAAGCAGGAGCGGAUAGGAAAAGGCUCUUUUGGAGAAGUCUUUAAAGGCAUCGACAGAAGGACUCAGAAAGUUGUAGCCAUUAAAAUUAUCGACCUCGAGGAGGCCGAGGAUGAAAUAGAAGAUAUCCAACAAGAAAUUACAGUGCUGAGCCAAUGUGACAGCCCCUUUAUCACCAAAUACCACGGAUCUUAUCUCAAGGGUACAAAAUUAUGGAUUAUUAUGGAAUAUUUGGGAGGAGGAUCUGCUCUGGAUUUGUUGGAGCCGGGUGCUCUGGAUGAAACGCAGAUAGCCACAAUCCUGAGGGAAAUUCUGAGAGGGCUCGAGUAUCUGCACUCUGAGAAGAAAAUCCACCGAGAUAUCAAAGCUGCCAACGUGUUGCUGUCAGAGCAAGGCGAGGUAAAGCUGGCGGACUUUGGUGUGGCGGGUCAGUUGACGGACACGCAAAUAAAGAGGAACACUUUCGUUGGAACGCCUUUCUGGAUGGCACCUGAAGUCAUAAAGCAAUCUGCCUACGAUUCAAAGGCAGAUAUCUGGUCGUUAGGCAUAACGGCUAUAGAGCUGGCUAAAGGAGAGCCGCCCCACUCCGAACUUCAUCCUAUGAAGGUCUUAUUCCUGAUCCCAAAGAACAAUCCGCCGACGCUGGAAGGAAACUACAGUAAACUUCUGAAAGAGUUUGUUGAAGCCUGUUUAAAUAAGGAGCCUAGCUUUAGGCCAACAGCCAAAGAGUUGCUGAGACACAAGUUUAUUGCGAGGCACGCCAAAAAGACGACGUAUCUGACCGAGCUGAUCGACAGAUACAAGAGGUGGAAGUCGGAGCAGUCGCGGGAAGACUCGAGCUCCGAUGACUCGGACGAGGAGCUGGAGGAGGGCGGCAAAUCUAAAUCGAACGACAAUUGGAUCUUCGGCACCAUCAAGGACCACAGUCCGGUUGAGGAGUCGCCACCCGAGCCCGUUCAGCUGGCUGAGCCUGUAGAGCUGCAGGUGCAGGUGGAGGAGGCACAGGAGGAGACUUCAGAGAGCCUGUCGUCACAGAGCUUAACAUCGAUAUUCUCUCCAUUGUUCUCCGAGUUAAGAGCAACGGGUGAGACGAGUAAUGGAAAGCCAGAAGCUGCAGAGGAGCUGAGGAAGGCCGUUUUCCUGGCAGAGGACAUCCACCCUGGGAUCUGUGACUCUCUGGUGGCCGAACUGCUGCAGAGACUUCAGAGGUUUUCUGUGCCGCAGGCGGCAACCGCCCAGUGACGGCCGCCGUCGCUUCCCGCCUCUGUCCUGCUCUCCCGCCCCGACAGCAGCAGUCACAUCUCCUCCGGCCUGCUCGACUGAGACGCAUUUUCUCCCAGGAAGGCCUGCGUCACUCGUUUGGCUGAAGCAAAUUCUCCUGGCCUCCUUACCAUCUGUUUAUCUGCUCGCAGAGCACCAGAGGGUCGAAUGCAGGCUGGUCGGCGGCUGCUUACCCAGCUGCCAGCUGCUCUCCGAUGUCCCCUCUUUGUUCCUCUUUCUCAACUGUUUUAUUUUUAGAUUGGAGUUGGUGAUCUUUCUUUCUAGCAGGCGUGUGGAGUUUUUUGGUUAAUUAGUUUUUUUUUUUUAUUAUUUGCAAAAGUUUACACUCUGUUCCCUUUUCGGAAGAAAACCCCCUUGCUUAGUUUGUUGCGUGCGUGUGGUUGCGAGAGAUAACGAGUGGCGGCGUUUUGUUGAAAACUCAGGUAUCCUGCUUUAAGUAGAUUGGGUCGUCUGGGAGACGGAAGGAGUUCUUAUGGGUGGUUGUACAGACUUGUAAAUAAGCUCAUUUCUAUAAAUUGUUGAAAGCGUAACAGGGCAGUUGAAACAAAACGGCCAAAUGCAAAGUACAGGCUGUUUGGUAAAGAUUGCCUUGCUUCUUCUUUUGUACAUCAGUAUUUUUUUUUUGUUCUCGUCUCCAGUUAAAAUUUUCAUCCCUCCACCGUUGUUUUGCCGCUGAAUUUCUUUACUUUUUUUUUUUUUAUAUCCUCACUUUUUGCUGUGGCUGUAAUGUUGUGGUAGAAUAUAAAAGCUGGCUGGGUUUUUUAAAGCCUCCCCAGUUGAAACACUGGAUGCUGUUCCCAGCCUUCGCUCCAGGAGGGUGGGCUUUGUCGGCCUCAUCCUCUCCUGUUUGCUGUGCGUGAUUGCUCAGAGGAACUGAGGUUUCGUCCAUUCAUUCCAUUAAAAUGGCAGUGCCAUCGUCUUGUUCAUAAAUCAGCAGACUCUUAGUCUUCCUAGGAGCUGCACCGGUACUUCCUCUGGGUACCUUUUUAAUUGCACUUCAAGUAUAAAUGCCUUUACUAAUAGCAAAGUAGCCAUAAAGCAGUAGCAUGACAAUUGCAGUAUUUUUGCAGGAAUGCGCCGUAUUACAGAGUGAGGACAGUCGACUGGUCAGGCAGUGAGGCGUUUGCCUGGUUGUCUAUUUCCAUUUGGACUUGAUGGGAGGUUUUCAUACAGGCACAUCUCAAUUGUAUUAGAAUAAAAUAAUUGAAAAGUUCAUUUAUUUCACCAAUUUGAAACUGAGUGAUUUAUUUUUUUCCAAACUUCUGCUCAUUUUAUUAGUUGUGGCCUUUAGUGAAUGGAAACCCAGACAGAAAACUGAAACAUUAAACUUUUUUUUUUUUUGAAGCAGAAAAACAUUUGACUUUUACACGUCACAACCUUCUCGAGACUAGUUAGCCCUUUUGCUUGUGCACCACACUUUUUCCUUCCACUAAACCUUCCAUUAGUAUGCUUGUUUACAUCCACAUGUGAAGGACCAGCUUCUUCACCCUUCAUGUGGAGAGGCUCACUAACUGGAUAAAUAUGUAGGACCAAAGCAUGACGGAAGCUUUAUUCUUUGUUGGCCGUAUUCCAUAACCACCAAAAUUUAAAGAAGUAAACCAUCUCACUCUCUGUGAUUUGAUAAUUCCUUACAGUUUUGAUUUUGUGUCUAAACAAACUUUUCGAUUCUAAUUUACUGAGAGGGGGUGCCUGUCGAUGCUCAGAGAAAUCCCACAUAAGAUAAAACUGCUAUCGGAUGUAAAUAUUGGGUGGCCAGAGACCAGCUGCACUGUCACGACAGUUCAAAAAGAUUGUGCGUGAUGGUGUUAACGGCACGGCGCCCACAGACUGACCUGGGUGGUAUGCGUUGUAGCAUACUAUUACAGGACGGAAAGAUUGUCCAGUCCUAAACGGUGAUGAAGCAGCCUUAUAAUGUUUGUGAUGAAUGGGAUCAAUAUCAUCAGCUUUAAAAAGGUUGGAUCAGAUUUCUUCUUUUUGUUUCCUGUUUUUGUUUUUUCGUUUGUUUUUUUUUUUGUUUGUUUUUUUUUGCAUUAAAAUGCAUAUGCGGCGACUCUUGGUGAGAAAUAAUAAAAGAUCAAAAGUAUUGCUUUCGUUUCUUUCCAGGAAACACUUUAAAGUCAUUUACAAACCAUCGUUAUCGACGUUGGCCAGAAAAGAUUUCUGAUAAAUCGACUGCUGUUAUGCUCUCCUUGCCAUGAGGCGGUGUGUGUGUGUGCGCGUGUGUGUGUGUGCGUGUGUGUGGGCAUGCACAGCUUACGCUAAAGGAAUAGUUCCUAAAGUUUAGGAUUAUUCAUACUUCUAACAGUUUUAAAGUAUUUUUUUUUAUUUAACCUUCUUUUGACUAGUGGGCAGACUCCAAACAUAAAUGUUAGAGAUUUAUUUAUUUAUUUAAUUUUUUUACAUGUUAAAUCUAAAUCUGCCAGGAGUAUGAAUAAUUUCAAGGUAAACUAUAAUUAAAACUCCUAAUUGGGAUUUUAACAUUUUCAAAGGAAGAACUCUGUCCCACCUUUAUUAAAUAGUCAUGAUACAAUUAAAUGCGAUCCAAAGUAAGUUCUGGUUUGUUUAAUAAAAUCCGGUAAUAUAAACUUUUUAGUCAUGCAUGAAAUUUUGAAGCGGUGUCAGGAUUUGGCAUUUAGCCAUGGAUUUAUUAACUUUUUGACUGAAAAAAUGACUUCCAGAAAUUUCAUGCAUUUCAGAGUGAGUCAAUAUUACCGUGUUAAGUUCAGUCAGUGCUGGUAUUCAGUGUCUCGGUGGGCCUGGUGUGUGUGUUGUGAGCUUCUCAGCAGAUCAUAACUAACCUUAAGUGACGAAAUAUACCCACAUAUUUACUGUAAAAACAGGCAUCAUAGCUUCCUAAACUCUAGUUUUUAAAUGGCAUUGCUCUAAAAGAGCCCAAUUGGGGGCGCUCUUUUAUUUUCCACAUGACUUUCAAAGCAGCUGACUUUCUCUGUGAGGGAAAAGAGCAGCAGCAGGUGUGGGAGGGGGAACAAACCCCGGUCACCAUGGCGCAAAGUUAACUCUUUAUAACCUUGAGGUACCUUAGUUACCAUUAGCCUACCCAUCAUGCCUUGUUCUGUUGUCAGCCAGUUUUACCAGUGGGACCAUUUGACCAAAAGCUCCUGGGUUUCUUAGACUGAGCAGAUGUUCCUUUAACUUUCAAAUUGUGCCUUUGAAAAAAAAAAAUCGUCCUUUUUAUUUCAGGUUCCAUAACUGCGGCGCUCAGAUGGUUAAGAAAAAUGCGCAGUAAUGAUGGAAUGUUAGAAAUCAGCAAACCAGAUCAAAAGCCACAAGUAUAGUUUAGCUUUGUCUGUCUCUGAUGUUCUGCAAAAUUGACUUGACUCCUUUUUUCUUUUUGUGAAAUGUGCCAUUUUACCAAUCUGCCUGUCUCUGAUAAAAAAUGCAACAUCAUUUGCACCUUUUGCAUGCAUCAAUUUUUUAUUUGUUGCACUUUCUGGGGUUUCUUUAAGUUUUGUUAGAAGUGGUACUUGCGACUCAAUAUCUUUCAUUCAAACCAGUUUUUCCGUUUUUUCCUGAGUUGUUUGUGGGAGCAUCACUUCUUUAUUUAAAAAAAAUCCUAUCUAUUUUAUUUUUUUGUAGCUUGGGUCGGUGAUUGUGUUUGUUUCUUUUAACACUGGAAAUCAAUCAUUUAAUGUGUACAUUUCAUGCGGUGUGACUUUGCUGGCAGUUUGCUUAUUCAUGGCAGUGCUGUUGGGUUUAUCAAAUGCUGUCAAACGAUUAAGAACAAAAAUAAUUAAAAGAUCGUUUGAACGUCGACAUUUCUUUUUGCUUGUCUGCAGCUUUUUAUUUUCUUCAGUGCCUUUUUGAAAAUUCACGCUGUUGAUUGUACUGCUUUAAUCCUGGGGGGGAGGGGGUUGAGGAAAGUUCUUCAAAAUAUUAGUUUGAAAUUGGUACUAAAUUACUACAGCAAAGAGAUGAAAUGUAUCAGCCGUGUCUGAAGUGUUAAACCUAUUUUCCACUGGUUUCACUUUCAACAAUCAUAUUUUAACCAUGGAACUGUAGGGAUGUCAAGAACCUCUUAUACUGCUGAAUAAAACUCUCCUAGAAGCUAAAGUUAUGAAUUUACCUAAAAAUGUGUUCUGUAUUUAUUGGUGAUUCAAACUGAAAUAAAUAUUUGUAGACUUCUA